GGACAUCGCUUGGGAUAGGCGAGGCUUCGAUGUGGUGUACGCGAGGAUUGCGCGGGCUGUACGCGAAGGACGCGAGGCCUGCGCGCUCGCGACAAACGCGAGGCCUCCGCGCGCACCGCGAGUAAAGGCCUCCGCGCGUACAGCAAGCCAAAGCCUCGCAUACGACGCGCGCGAGUGACGAGGAGAUGUGGCGCGAGGAGGCUUCGGUACGCCGAGGCGAGCAAGCGAUGCGCGUCAAUGGAGAGCAAGCAAUGCGCGUCGAUGGAGAGCAAGCGAUGGCCGACGGACAGAGGACACCGACGAAGAGCGAGCGACUCGAGGAGUCGUAGUCGACGGAGCACGAGAGCCGAAUGUAAACGGAGCAGGAGAACGAAGCAGACGUCCAGCGGAGGCGAGGGCGACGGCAAGAGCCUACGACGAAAGACGAUCAGCCCAAGGACGACGACGCGAGGAGGAAGAAGAAGACACAAGAGGAGAGAGAAGAAGAGGCGCACCAUGGUCGAAGCCGAGACCGGGUGGCGCAGCGAUACGCAUCCGGUGCGACGACGGUACACAUCCGGUGCAGCAAAUCGCAUCCGGGGCCGCUAUUGUGUUCGCGGGGGCAGAUGGCUCCGCGAACUCUGUCGAUGGCUCUGGUCCGCAAAUCUUGUCGUUGGCUCCGGUCUGCGAAUCUUGUCGAUGGCUCCGAUCCGCGGAUGGAGUAGAAGGUUCCGAUCGACGGACGCAGUCGCAACCGUACCCCAAAGCCCGGCUUGCUACCGUACUCCAAAGCCCGGCUUGCUACCGUACUCCAAAGCCGGGCUUGCUACCGUACCCUCGAGCCGGACGACGGAUUCGAACACGGAUAUCGAGCGGAAAGUUGCCUAAUCCGGACGAACAAGGACGCCCAAUGGGGUCGGAAUCUCGACCGUCGAUUCGGGUGAUGGUUCGACGGACCGGACGGAGUGCGUCUAC